UGUCAGUGUGUCGAGGACUGUGCUUGUGAUGAGGAGGACAUAUUUCCCAUGAUCUCUCCAGACUCCCUAAUAAUCGCCAUGCCUCAGCCAAAGAUUGUCGACAUGGGCUCCGCCUUUAUCCAGACGCAGCAGCUCAAUGCCGCCAUGGCUGACACCUUCCUGGAACAUAUGUGCCUCCUGGACAUCGACUCAAAACCCACCACCGCUCGCAACACUGGCAUCAUCUGCACCAUUGGACCAGCCUCACGAUCUGUGGAAAUGCUGAAAGAAAUGAUCAAGUCCGGAAUGAACAUUGCCCGAUUGAAUUUCUCCCACGGCACACACGAGUACCAUGCUGAGACCAUCAAGAAUGUGCGUGAGGCAUGUGAGAGUUUCGAGCCAGGUAGCAUUCAAUACCGGCCAAUCGGUAUCGCCCUGGACACCAAAGGCCCGGAGAUCAGAACCGGCCUUAUUCAGGGAAGUGGCACUGCAGAAGUGGAACUCAAGAAGGGCAACAUUAUCAAGAUCACAUUGGAUGACAGCUAUCAGGAUAAAUGCAGCGACGAGAUCCUGUGGCUGGACUACAAGAACAUCACCAAAGUAGUAACACCCGGCAGCAAUAUCUACAUUGACGACGGACUCAUAUCGCUGCAGGUCAAGGAGAUCGGCCCUGAUUUCCUUAUGUGUGAAAUUGAGAACGGUGGCACCCUGGGCAGCAAGAAGGGCGUUAACCUGCCCGGCGCUGCCGUCGACCUGCCCGCCGUCUCUGAAAAAGACAUCCAGGAUCUGACAUUUGGCGUGGAGCAAGGCGUUGACAUGGUGUUUGCCUCUUUCAUCCGCAAGGCAGCAGACGUCCACGCAGUCAGGGAAGUGCUGGGCGAGAAAGGCAAAAACAUCAAGAUCAUCAGUAAGCUGGAGAACCACGAAGGCGUGCGCAGGUUUGACGAGAUCAUGGAGGCCAGCGAUGGCAUCAUGGUUGCCCGUGGUGACCUUGGUAUUGAGAUCCCCACCGAAAAAGUCUUCGUAGCCCAAAAGAUGAUGAUUGGCCGUUGCAACAGAGCCGGAAAACCAAUCACCUGUGCCACUCAGAUGCUGGAGAGUAUGAUCAAGAAGCCACGACCAACCCGCGCCGAAGGGAGCGAUGUCGCCAAUGCGGUACUGGACGGGGCUGACUGCAUCAUGCUGAGCGGCGAGACCGCAAAGGGAGACUACCCUCUUGAGGCCGUGCGCACACAACACAUGAUUGCUCGCGAAGCCGAGGCGGCCAUGUUUCACCGUCAGGUGUUCGAGGACCUGCGUCGAUCCACACCCCACUGUAAAGACCCCGCCGAGGCCAUCGCCAUCGGUGCCGUCGAAGCCUCCUUUAAGAGUCUGGCCUCAGCCAUCAUUGUGCUUACUGGCUCGGGAAGGUCCGCCCACCUUAUCUCCAGGUACAGACCCCGUGCUCCCAUCUUGGCUGUGACCCGUAAUGCCCAGACUGCCCGCCAAGCUCACCUUUACCGCGGGAUCUUUCCAGUCCUCUACACAACUCCCGCUCACGACGUGUGGGCUGAGGAUGUUGACAUGCGUGUCAACUUUGCUAUGGAUAUGGGCAAGGUGAGAGGCUUCUUCAAGGAGGGAGAUGUUGUCAUCGUCCUGACUGGGUGGCGUCCAGGCUCUGGUUUUACCAACACCAUGCGUGUGGUUCUAGUGGCCUGA